AUGGGCAACAUCGCAAACAAGUGCAAGACCAAGACGUCAUGCGUCCGGCGGCUCCGCAUGCUCUGCGACCGGCUCGCGUGGCGGGAGACGCCCCGCAAGAUCUACAUGGUUGGCCUCUCGAACGCCGGCAAGACGUCCAUCUUGUACCAGUACAAGUUUAACGAGGCAACGACGACCGUGCCAACGAUCGGCUUCAACGUCGAGUCGUUCAGCUACAAGACCAUCUCGUUCACGGCAUGGGACUUUAGCGGCCGCGAGCAGCUCCGGCCGCUGUGGCGCUACACUUUGACGACACGGCGGCCCACCGUGCUCAUGCAGGAAGCCGCCGAAGUUCUCCAUGGCCUCCUCAAGGUGCACGAGCUCAAGGACGUGCCGUUUCUCGUGUACGUCAACAAGCAAGACAUUCCGACGUGCAUGAGCGUCGACGAGGUCGCCGAGGCGCUUCAGCUCAACAACGUCAUCUCGCACGACGUGCAGGUGCAAGGUUGCUGCGCACAAACUGGCGAUGGGCUCUACGAAGGCCUCGACUGGCUUUGCAAGUCCAUCCGCUAGGCCUCUCCAUGUUCUCCUAUCUUUGCUCCUUAGACUUCCUCCAUACUCGCCGUUUCUCGAUCUAUCUAUUCAAUGAAAUUCCAUG